GUCUGUGUCUGUCGGUGUGCGCAACUUUCCCGUUGUUGCAGUACUUGGAUAACCUGGCCGGGAUCAAGUUUGAGAUUUCACGUGCUACCGUCUGAUACGGAGGACGGUAUGGAGCGGGGAGCUCUGGAGCUGUAGCCAGCCGAAAACUCCAUCUCAGACGGACAUGAGGUAGCCCGUCUCAGCGGGAACCCCCCUUCCCCUCCCCGGCGUGGCACAUCUGGGAGACGUCCCCCCUCGCCUGCCCUGAUUCAUGAGCCAGCAGGAUGCCACUGCGGUGCUCGCGCUCUCCGAACGGCUCCUCGUAGCGGCGCUCAAAGGACACGCCGACAAUGUGGUGCAGCUCAUCAACAAGGGCGCCAAAGUAGCCGUCACCAAGUACGGCCGGACUCCCCUGCACUUGGCCUCGUACAAGGGUCACAUCGAGGUUGUGCGCAUUCUCCUGAAAGCCGGCUGCGACCUGGACAUUCAGGACGAUGGUGACCAGACGGCCCUUCACCGUGCGGCUGUAGUGGGAAACAGUGAUGUAAUUUCUGCUCUUAUCCAGGAAGGGUGUGCUCAGGACCGUCAGGACAAGGAUGGCAACACUGCUCUGCACGAGGUCUCUUGGCAUGGAUUCAGUCAGUCAGUCAAACUGCUGGUCAAGGCAGGAGCCAACGUCCAUGCAAAAAACAAGGCAGGUAACACCGCCCUCCACCUGGCCUGCCAGAACGGGCAUGCUCAAAGCUCACGGCUGCUCCUACUUGGGGGAUCCAGGCCAGACAGCAAGAAUAAUGUAGGUGAUACCUGCCUGCAUGUAGCCUCCCGCUACAAUCAUGUGGCUAUGAUCCGGAUCCUCCUGGGCGCCUUCUGCUCCGUCAACGAGAAGAAUCAGGCCGGCGACACUCCCCUCCAUAUCGCUGCUUCCCUGAACCACAAGAAAACAGUCAGACUCCUCCUGGAGGCUGGCACUGACAGCACCAUCAAGAACAAUGCUGGUCAGACUGCACUGGACCAGGCUAGAGAACACAACAAUCCUGAAGUGGCUCUGCUCUUAGCUAAAGCCCCUCAGGUUCAGAGCUUCACCCGGGGCAGGAGUGUGAGAGAGCGAAGGGAUAAGUGGAAGGCAGAGGGUCGAGCGCAGUCUGUCCCCCGGGACGAGGUGCUGCCCAGCAAGGAGAGCGUUUCUGCGGCCGAUGAAACCCACAGCAGUGACUAUGUGGGCCGCAGACAGGGCGAACGCCCGAGAGAGCCCACAGAGAACAAGGGAAAGAGCCCCGCCAAGAAGAACAAGAAGAAACACAAGGAGAAGCCCUCGCUCUCAGAACCCCUCAGCCAGAGGGAUAACAAGCACAGUGAAGCUGCUCCCAGGAAGAACAAGCAGCACGCUUCCACCAUUCCAGCUCCCACGUCCCAACCUCCCCACUGCUACAAGGCCUAUCAGCUGUACACACUCUACCGGGGGAAAAACGGCAAGAUCAUGCAGGCUCCCAUAAAUGGCUGCCGCUGUCAACCGCUCAUCUCCAAGCUGGAAAACCAGCUGGAGGCCACCAAGGAGGAGAUGCGGUCGGAGAUUCAUACCGUCCAGGAGAGGAUGAAUAGCAAACUGGGGGAGCUAGACCGCAAGAGCAAGCAUCAGAUCAAAGCACUGGAUAAAAUCACGGUGGAGAGGGUGUCGGCGGAGCGGUCUGAGUGCCUCCAUCGAAUCGACCAGAGGGCCAUGCUGGAGCGACUGGAGGGAGAAAGAAGACAGCAGGCCUCAGUGGUAAACGACCUGAAAAACUGGUGCUUGUCCAAGAUCCAGAACAUCGAGGUGCGCUUCACCGGGGACGGCCGGAACUCCCGGCAGCGCCAGGCCCCGCAUGCGAAUGAGGCGGCCCCAGACGGGGGGCUCUUUGCAGAGAGCACCUCCCCUUUGCCCCCCCCGAGCCCGGCCAAUGGGGCCCCUGCUUUGGAGGGGUCCAGCGCAGAGGCUUCAGGCCACCAUUACUUUGUGGUCCAGGUGGACAGCUCUCCAGACGACAGACAGAAUGUGCCAGAACACUCCACCCCUCCUCCCAAGUCCCUGCCAUCAUCUCCUAUGGUGGUGCGUCCCAAAGAACGCGCGCAGGCCGUCGCUGACCUCCGGAGGCUGGACCAGGAACUGCAGGGGAUGUCCCUGUUGGACCCAGGGCAGGAGCAGGGCCAGGGUCGAUCGAGCAGAGCCAGCAGGGCCAGCAGCCUGUCCCCCGCCAUAGAGAGGCGCUGCGGAGGCAGGCUAGACCGUGACCGCGACCGGGACAGAGACCGGGAGCGCGGUCGGGACAGGGCCAGGCACCACAAAAAACACUCCCAGGGCAGGACUAAGGGCAAACGGGACAGGCAGCAGGGAAGCGGCACUCACACUCUGGAGGUUUUCGCAGACAGGCCGACGGAGCCCUCCUUCACCCAGGAGAGGAACGCCAUGCAUGCGGUAGAGGUGACACAGUACUUCUUCGAGGCCGUCUCCACGCAGAUGGAGCGCUGGUACGAAAGGAAGAUCCAGGAGGCCCGCUGGCAGGCAGACCAGAAAGCCCAGCAGGACCGGGUGGACCUGCUGGAGCGGAUCAGCUUCCUGGAGGCCGAGCUGAGCCUGCUCAGGACUGGCGUGCAAGAGGAGAGCUAACACAGACAGUGCUACCACACUGGGGACUGUAUCUUGAAGGAGGAUCAGUGUUCGCUGGAUAACUGCACUGAGUAAAACCCAGAAAGGGAGCUGUUUGGGGCAGCCUAUUAGCUAGUGGCUAAGUUGCUUGACUAGGUUUUAUAGGUUGGUAGUUCAAAACUGAGUGUAAAACUAAAACUAAGACCCAUGCAGCUGUAGGCCUUUGAGCAAGGCCCUUAACCUCACAUUGCUCCAGGGGGAUUGACCCCUGCUUCAUUAACUGUAAUGUGAUGUUUUACUUAGUGCAGUUAUCCAGUGAACUAAGUAAUUGUGGUCUACUUGUCAAGACAAUUUAUGCUCUAACAGUUUUUAAGCUUGUACAGACUGUGUACAUAUGUGUAAAUAUGUUAUGUGAGGUCAAAUGGGCAGCUGUUUACAGAACAUGUUCGAAUACAAUCAGUAAAACAUAUGCAACAGAGCAUUACAACAUAAAUUCAUAUACUGUAAGCAAAAAAGACCAUCACAAUCCAUUCUCGUGCAGUUACUCUCAAAGGAACGGGACUGUAGCAGCCACUUAAUGCCCAAAUCCAUCCUCAUUUUAUAUUUUUCUACCUUGUUCAAUUACUUUUACAAAACAUUUAUACACUUCCGGUUUACUUGAUGUUACUUAAUGUUCACAGCUAUGCACUGCCUUUUUCCUGAAGUAAUUACCACAUUGUUGUAUCCUUUUGAAACUUUGAGACUCCAAGGACUUGUGAGAAGACAACGUUGCUAGAGUUUUUAGAAUAUUUAAAGGCUUAUGUUUGGCUAUGUGUCAAGAUUGUCAUUUUGGUGAAAUUUUAGAAAAUGUGUAGCAUCAGUGUAUAGUAACAAAUACAAUUCAGCCAUGGUUAUGAUACAAAUCCUCAUGAACGAUGACUGGAAAAAUAUCUGUAUGGAUUUAUAUUGUUGAAUCACCAUGUAGUGUUUCUGCCGGCUGUCAGUUCAUAUACUUUAACCACACAAAAUCUCAAACAAUGGCAGUACCUAUUUGGUCAUCACCAUGUUUUAACCACACAAAUAUUAGUUUAAUGGAAAAUAUUAGUGAAGCUGUCACUUCAGUUGCAAAAUUAGUGGUCAUAUUGUCAAUUAUAGCUCACUUAGCACAAACCUGUUAUUCAUAAUGUAUGUGCAUUCUGUAUGUGGUCCACAUUCUGAGCGAGUUUGUGUAUUCUAUACAUUCUAUACAUAUUUGACCAAUACGAGUGAGACUAAAAUACAAAUACAUAGGUAUGCCAAUAAAGCAUCUGCUGGCAAAAUAAUGCCACCUUAAAGAAUCUGCUUUCAUUACAAAAUUCACCUUUGCAUUGUGUCAAAAGGAUUUUGAGCUCCCCAAAAUGUUCUACGUAUUGUGUAUGAAAACAACAGGUCAUGGUUGUAAAUUAAGUAUAAUUUAUUGUGUUAAACCACAAAUAGAUAACCUCGGGAUGUCUUAAUAAAAUGCAUUUUGAAACAA